GUUGACGUUUUGAUUACUACUGCCAUGGCUUUGCUCGCUCGUUCCCUGCGGGCCAGCGCCCAGCCGGCUCUGGUCUUUGCCCGAUCCAUGGGCGUGCAGUACAAGGCGCCCAUCCGCGACAUUCAAUUCGUUGUCGACGAGGUGCUCAAUGGCGAUCGCCACUACCAAAAGGCCGGUUUCACCGACGUCUCGUCCGAUUUCCGCCACAGCGUGUUGGAGGAGAUGGCCAAGUUUUCCGAGGAGGUGCUUUCCCCGCUCAAUGCGGCUGGCGAUGAGCACGGCUGCAAGCUUGAUGCCAAGACCAAGGACGUGACCACCCCGCCCGGCUGGAAAGAGGCCUACGAACAGUACAAGGAAGGCGGCUGGCAAUCACUCAGCGUGGCUGAGGAGUAUGGCGGUCAAAACCUGCCUCUUUCACUCGGUCUCAUCAAGUCGGAGCUCAUUGCUACCGCCAACUGGGCCUGGGGCAUGUACCCUGGUUUGAGCAUUGGUGCCAUGAACACCCUGACCCUUCACGGCAGCGAAGAGCAGAAGCAGCAGUACCUCACCAAGCUUGCCGAAGGUACUUGGCUCGGUACCAUGUGCCUGACGGAGCCCCAGUGUGGCACGGAUCUUGGCCAGAUGAAGACCAAGGCGGUCAAGCAAGCCGAUGGCUCGUACAAGAUUACCGGCACCAAGAUUUUCAUCUCGUGUGGCGAGCAUGACUUUACAGAAAACAUUGUGCACAUUGUGCUGGCGCGCACGGAGAAUGCCCCUCCCGGUACCAAGGGUAUCUCUCUCUUUAUUGUGCCCAAGUACCUGCAGAAGGAGGAUGGCUCGCUCGAGACUAAGAAGAACUUGGUCUGCGGUGGCCUGGAAAAGAAGAUGGGCAUUCACGGCAGCUCCACCUGUGUCAUGAACUUUGAGGACUCCAAGGGCUGGCUCAUCGGUGAGGAGAACAAGGGUUUGUUCCAAAUGUUCACCUUUAUGAACACGGCGCGCAUCGGUACCGCCCUCCAGGGUCUCGGUGCGGCCGAGUUGGCCUACCAGGGUGCCCUUCCAUACACAAAGGAGCGCAUGUCCAUGCGUGCGCUCAGCGGCACUCGCGAGCCUGAAAAGGCCGGUGAUGCGAUUAUCCAUCACGGUGAUGUCCGCCGCAUGCUCCUGACGUGCAAGGCCUUUGCCGAGGGCGCGCGCAGCAUGAUGUACGAGACUUCCAUGCUGGCUGAUUACAUGCUCACGGCCAAGACGCCCGAAGAGCACAAGAAGGUUGACGACGAGAUGGGUUUUCUCACGCCUAUCCUCAAGGGCUUCAUCACGGAGAUCGGCGUUGAGGCAGCCAGCCAAGGUCUUCAGUGCUUCGGUGGUCACGGUUACCUCCAGGAUUGGGGCAUGGAGCAAAACAUGCGCGAUGCUCGCAUCGGUACUCUGUAUGAGGGCACGACGGGUAUCCAGGCACUGGAUCUGCUGGGUCGCAAAAUUCUGCUGCAAGGCGGCAAGAACUGGCUCUCUUACACUGGUGAAUGCUUCAAGUACAUGAAGAAGCAGCUGUGGGACAACCGCCAAACGUCGCAGCACAAGCGCGAAAUUGUUCGCCUGCUGCCUUAUUUUGCCAAGUGGUAUUACAUGACGGGUCGUGUGGCUCUGCGGGCGCGCAGCGAUGCGGAUGCGUUGAGUGCGGCGAGCAACGACUAUUUGAUGUACAGCGGUUACACGGUUAUGGGCUUCCACUGGCUGCGCAUGAUGGAUGUGGCGUCGGAGCGCUUGGCCAACGGCGGUCUGAGCAAGGAGGAUGAGCUCUUCUACAAGGCCAAGGUGCAGACGGGCCAGUUUUACUUUGACCACCUGCUGCCUCGCGCCAACUCUCACUUCCAGAGCGCAUUGGCCUCGCACAAGUCGAUCAUGGGCGAGGAUGCCUUCAACUUCCAACAACAAUAA